UGCAGAUAGUAGAAAAAGACAACUUCCGGUCUAUAUUUUUGUACAAAUCCUUAUUUGAUAUCAAACACAUGAAUUGACAUGCAUUAUGGAGAAAAGACAUUGUUAUUGAUUCUUCUAAGUCAGAUUACAUGUUGUUCAUUUCAAAAAUCUGUUGAAAGAAAGAAACAGAUUCCAGUUGCUCCUCACACUGACAAUUAUAAAGACACUUUGUUAUGGACCAUUGAAUUAAAACACAAUAAUAGUGAACAUGUAAAACAAAUUCCAGGUCACAGCCAUGACCUUCAAGAUGAUCUCUUUAGAUUUGGUAAUAUUUAUAUACAAAAUGAAGGUCAAACUGAAAGUGACAGAAAUCUGGCAAGAAAAGUAGCACCAGAAUGUAAUCUAACCUUCCUUGGACAUAUUGGACAUUUAAAAAAUAUAUAUCUGUUUGGACAUGCCUUGUCUGAGCAUACAGAAAAGAACACAACACAUAAAUUUAUAAAUGUUGACUUUAAAACAUUGAAAUCUGUCAUAGAUGAUAUAGAAACAAAACUAGACAAUCAUGAUAAUGUGGUUUGGUUCCACAGAGAAAAAGUAUUCUCCAGGGAAAAGAGAAGGAUACAGUUCAGGGAUCCAGCUUAUAACCAACAAUGGCAUUUGAAUAACUAUGCUAGUGGUAUGGAUAUUAAUGUAACUGGUGUAUGGGAACACAAUAUCACUGGUUUAGGUAUCACUGUUUCAGUUGUAGAUGAUGUUGUAGAUGAUUGUAAGUUAGGUUUCACAGUUUCAGUUGUAGAUGAUGUUGUAGAUGAUGGUAAGUUAAUAGGUUUCACAGUUUCAGUUGUAGAUGAUGUUGUAGAUGAUGGUAAGUUAGGUUUCACAGUUUCAUUUGUAGAUGAUGGUAAGUUAGGUUUCACUUUUGCAGUUGUAGAUGAUGUUGUAGAUGAUGGUAAGUUAAGUUUCACAGUUUCAGUUGGAGAUGAUGGUACCUAA